AUGACUUGUGAAAGUGAACAUUCAUUUUUAUGUUUGUCUAGUAAAAGAGAACAUCAUUGGCUUUGGAUUUUAUUACCUAUUGUUUUUGUUAUUGUUUGUUUUAUUUAUGUAAUAUCUCGUCCAAACCAUACACGAUUAUCGACACGUACUUACCAGCUAAUCACUCCGACGAAAAAUACAAUUAGUUCACAUCCACAAAAACAGCAAAACUAUGCAUUUAAUCAACAUGCUAAAUAUUCAAUACUGACAUCGCCGUCAGAAUAUCUAUUUGAACAAUGUAAAGAACGAACGAAAGAAAAAAACAAUAGUUUAUCACCUAUAGACAAAACAAAAUCUCUUGAAAUAAAUGAUGGAUUGAGUGCGUCAUGCAAUAUUGAACGUCCAUCUAAAUUCUUAAAUAAUUCAAAUGAUUCUUCUUUUCACGUCAAUCCAUAUCGAUGGAAUGAAUUGCGUACACCUGUAUUAGCCAAUUAUCCAGAUAUUAUCGAUGUUGUUGAAGCACAUCGGAUCAAUACUGAACGAAAUCCUCAAAUAAAAACACAUCCACUAUUAUCAAAUGAUAUUCUGACAAUGAUCAAUAAAGGUUUCGGUGAAUCUGAUCCAUAUUCAACUAAUAUUAAUCUUGGCCGAAUAUGGUUUUUUCUUGAAUAUAAUCCAUAUUUGAGACAAUUAUAUUUAACAAUAAUCAAAGCUCGUAAUCUUCGUUCAAUAAAAUAUUCGCAACCAACAACAUUUGUUCGAGCAGAAAUAUUACCAACAUUGAAUGUAAAUUUUUCUACUGAUAUUAUUAAAGAAAAUGCCAAUCCAGAUUAUAUGACAGACACAACAUUUAAUAUAAAUCUGUCAGAAUUUGCGCAUAAUGUAUUAAAAUUAACAGUACAUGAAGUUGAUAAAGAUGUUUUUCAUCUACCUAUUGGCACGGUCUAUUAUCCACUUGAUCAUUUGUUGAUUGCUCAACGUGCGAAAGGACAUGCUGUAUGGAGAAAUUUACUACCAGAUUACGGAGAUCCAUCGGCUAUCGGUCUUAUUCAAAUUCGAGCUACAGUUUACUACAAUGCUACUGAUGAAUGUUUAAAUAUCUAUGUUCAUUCAUUACGUGCAACUGGCAUUGUUAAACAAGUAUAUCAUGUGUAUGUUCAUGCAGCUGUUGCUAUACAUGAUUUUCCUGUUAUACCUGAAGAACAUAUUGAAUCAUCUCAAAUUAAGAAAAAUGCUUUUACACAUGAUAAAUAUGGUCCUGUGGUUUCGUUGGAACAAUGUAAUGAUACAAUUUAUGAUCAAUUGUUUCGAUUCAAUAUUUAUAAACAUGAAUUUAAUGAUAUGACUGUUGUUUUAGAUGUAUACCGUCGUUCAUUGGGUGAUCAAUUUUUUGAUGAUAUUCUUCUCGGUCGUACUAUAUUAGUUGCACCAGAAAUGCUCGAAAAAAACUCUAAAAAUGAAACAGUAGUAUCGCCAAAUGUAGAACAGGAAAUUAAAUUGAAUUCAAUCAAUGAAGAAACUCAAAAGAAGAAGAAAACAGGAAAGAAACAUUCUCGAAAACGAACAAAAUUAAAAUCUUGA